AUGCUUGCGGUGCACAAAUUACUGGUCGUAUUUUUCUUUAUCGCAAUCAGCAGUGCUCAAUUUGAUGGGAUCACUAUCGAAGCCGAACGAAAUAUCGAUAUUUCCAGUCAGGUUGUGAAGGUGGUCGUGAAAUAUGAUGUCACGAACGGAGGUAAAACUCAAAUAAACAGUUUUUUCCAUUUGGUAAGCGAUAACGAACAAUUGAAGUUGUCAUAUAUCAAGGCCACCGAGGAAGGAAAGGAUGGAAAAUUGAACGUUGUGAAAGGAAACGUUGCUGGCAUCAAAUCAGGAUUCACAUCUUACAAGGUAGAAUUACUGAGCGUCGUAGCACCAGGUGGUAAGAUUAGCCUCACUGUCGAAUAUCAACUUAUCGAAUAUUUGGUACCAUUUCCGGCUAAGAUUAAGCAAGCCGAAACACAGUUCAUGCUGUAUAAUGGUAACGCUCAUGUGACCAGUCCUUAUACGGUGACCAAGGAGUCAACCGUCAUCCAGUUGGCGCCCGGCAAGCUUCUAUCACAUACAACUGUUUCACCGACCAAAGCCGACUCAGGAAAAAUCACCUAUGGACCGUACACAAAUCAGAAACCGUUCACAUCCUCAGAAAUCAAAGUGCAUUCUGAAAAUAAUUCGCCGUUUGUUGUGGUCACAAGGCUGGAGCGUUUAAUCGAAUUAUCACACUGGGGUAAUAUUGCCGUCGAAGAAUACAUUAAAGUGGUGCAUAAGGGUGCUGAGCUUACGGGACCAUUCUCUAGACUUGAUCUCCAACUGGAUCGACGUCCAAAACGACCAGUAGUUACCUCAUAUAAGACCCUUCUUCCUGCUUCUGCAAAAGACAUCUACUAUCGUGACGAAAUCGGCAAUAUUUCCACAUCGUCAGUGCGUAAACUCACCGAUGCGGUCGAGGUGACCAUCCAGCCACGUUUUCCACUUUUUGGUGGAUGGAAAACCGACUACAUCCUCGGCUACAACGUCCCCGCAUAUCAGUAUUUAUACUCGAGCGGAAAAUCAUUUGCACUGAAAAUGCGACUGGUGGAUCACGUAUUCGACAACUCGGCCAUUGAGAGUUUUAAACUGAAGAUUAUUCUGCCAGAGGGCAGCAAGAACUUCAAACUGAUAACGCCUUAUUCGGUGAAACGCAACCCAGAUGAGCUUCACUUCACGUAUUUGGAUACAGUCGGACGGCCAGUGAUCAGCGUCGAGAAGGAGAAUUUGGUUGAUGCACACAUUCAACCGUUUACACUUCAUUACGAAUUCGAUAGAGUGCAGUUGUGGCGAGAACCGUUGCUUGCGUGCAUGGGCUUUGGUGUCCUCUUCUUGGUGGUCAUCAUCUAUGUACGAUUUGAUUUCACACUGUCAUCGGAUGCGGCAACAGAGAGUCGUCUUCAGGCACAAGGUCAAGUUGAGCAAUUGACCGAUUUACAUGCAGAUCGUCUACGAUCCUAUGAUCAUUUUAUUGAUGCGGCCACCAAAUAUAGAAAUAAUAAGGAUGCGGCAGCAUUCACAAGUGCAAAGAAGAAGUCAGAAGCUGACGUGAAGCAGGUCACUCAGCUGAUAAGCGAUAUCCAAGCUGAACUAAAAGCCAACAACGCCGAACUCGCAGAAAAGGUGAACGAAGUGAACAAAAUGAACAAGACGGCCAUGGAUCUGAUCACGAACUUUAUGACUCAGGUGGAACGUUUGGUGAAAGGUCAAGUUCAGAAGAGUGUUUUCACGGAGACCGAGAAGACGUUCAAUCAGAAAUUGAAUGAGAUCAAAGAGAAAAUGGACUCAAUUAUUUAUGCGCUUUAG